UGAUGCUGAGAUGUGUGGACUGCCUUCCCCCAUCGGCAGACAGACAGAUGAAACAAAUCAACGCGCCUUUAAAUAGAACCGUAUUGUCAUUCUGACUGCUGUUAUCUGACUGCCAGAGCAGAGACGGACCCGCUCGUCAUCCAGUGCAGAAGAAAUAUACUUUUUAUUCUUUCAUUCCACACACUCUUCACAGUAAACAUGCCUAGCAAGCGAAAGCAGAACAAGCGCCGAAUGAGAAAAGUGCAGGCCCAGAGAAAGGCUUUGGAGGAGAGGUUCGUCUCCUCUGGAUGGAGGAGCCUAGGAAUGUGUGCUUUCCCUGUCCCAGUUCCCAUUCCCGUGGCAGUGACUGCUCCCAUUGAUAUUCCUGCUGAAGUUCCUCCUGCUGAAGUAACUCCUACAGAACCAGUCAUGGUAGAAGCCCCAAUCACGGAUACCAUCAAAGAUGAAGUGGUGAAAGCUGCAGAGGACCUAAGACAAACCCCAGUGGAACCCUCUGCAAAAGAGCUAGAUGACACUGUUGCCAUUCCAUUAUCAGAGGUCACAUCAUCUACAGAUGAGCCAGCGUCCACCCCUGCAGAAUCUGAGGUCCAGUUUGAGGACACUACACCUGUAGCCACAGAGAUGCAUGUUGUAGCUCAGCCUGAUGAGACGGUUAACACGGAGUGUGAACGUGAGCUUCCUGCUGAAGAUCCUGUGGUAGAGGUACAAGUGCCAAAGGAGAUGGUGACUACAGCUGAAACUGUUGCUGCAGUUGAAACUGUGACAGAAACAGUAGUAACUGAAGUUGAGCCUGUUGCUGACACUGCAUUGGAAGUUGUUGGGAUCGUGGGAUAUCCUGACGUUGAAGCCGAAGCCAUAACCAUUGAAAAUGAGCCUACUGAAGUCCACAAAGUUGCAGAAGUAACGGAGGAUGUACAUGCAGAGCCUGAACCAGAAGAGUUUCAAGUGGAAGCUGCAGUACCUACAGAAGCUUUAGUGGAACCAGAGGCUGAGCAGCAGCAGCAGCCGGUCCUACUGCAGGAACCCACGCCUUCAGUUGAGUCCACGAGUGACCCCAUUACCGGAGAAUUUGUUGGUACUGAGACAGUAGCUGUUGACACAACUGCUGCAAAGGAACAGAUUCCUGAAACAGCAACAGAUGCCUCAAAGGUACAAUCAGAGAGACUGUCAGAAAAAAAUCCUGCUCCUGAGCCACUGCCUGUGCCUGUAGCAAAGGAGAUUAUACAAGACUUGGCAGUGGCUGGUGGCCUAACUAUGGAUGCCAUAAAUGGAUGUCUGGGAGCUACCAAAGCUGCAAUUGAAGGUUAAAGUGCCUAUGUUUCAUAUGUUAUAAAGGGAUGGCUGAAACAUGAAACAUGAAACAUUGCAAAGUGCCUUUCUGUGCUGAUUCUCACCUCAACUAUGAAAAGGAUGUGUGCCUGUUCCUUGCAAGUGAAGUUUUUCUGAGUUUUUCAGAAUCUACCUUAGUUUCCAUAUGUAUCUACGGUAGAUUUGUUGGUGUUAUACAUUGCAUAUGGAGUAAAAUGGAGGGAUGUUUGCAAAUGUAUGUUUCUACUUGGACCAUUUUGUAAUGUGGAAUGUAUACUUGUUGUAUUUGAUAAAACGAUUUGGAGUGGAGUGAUUUAGAGCACAAUUUCAUACUAUACCAUCACCACAGCUUAUAUGCCCCCUUAACCAUCCACAUGUGCCUUUUUCCAAAUUAUAAAUAAAGGGAGUUUGAGGAUAA